AUGCAGCGCAUCACAGCUCAACUACCACGCGUUCUUUCUCGGAUGCCUUAUUCUCGGGCUUCUCGACUUUUGUGUCUGCCGCUUGCUCAUCCACCGGCUCUCCUGCAAGCCCGGACAUUUGUCAAUUCCCCUGUCUGGUACAAAAAGAAGGACAAGACGAAAAACGCUCCCACUCCCGAUCCGAUCUCCAGCCCUGCCGCGGCAUCCGAGGAUCCUUUUGAUCUGUCCCGAUUGCAAACCGGCAUAGCGACCGCCGUUUCUCGCUUAAAAGACGACCUGUCGAAGCUUCGCGCCGGAGGGCGAUUCAACACCGCGGCCCUUGAGAGUUUGAAGGUCCAACUGAGCAGGGAUAUUCAGGACUCGGUCAAGCUGGGGGACCUGGCUCAGGUCGUACCUAAAGGAGGGCGGAUGGUAACCAUUCUGGCGGCCGAAGAGGAGCAUAUCAAACCGCUUACCUCGGCGAUUGUAUCUUCGAACUUGUCUUUAACUCCACAACCGGACGCCCAUAACCCUCUUCAACUGAACAUCCCGAUCCCCCCACCGACAAAGGAGUCCCGGGACCAAAACGUUCAAGCUGCCAAGCAGGCCUUCGAAAAGGCUGCAAGCUCCGUCCGUGACUCCAGAGCGGCUCUGCACAAGCGACUACAAGAGAUGCAGAAGAAAAAGCUGGCGCGUCCGGAUGAUGUGCGCAAGGCGCACGAUCAGAUGGAGAAGGCUACGGAUAAAGGCCAGAAAGAUGUCAAGGACUUGUUCGAGGCCGCAAGAAAGACUCUGGAGCAGGCAUGA